AUGUAUAAGCCAUCUUGGCCGAAAUAUGAGGGUGAUGGAACAGUAAUGUUUUCAACUGUUUUCUCUGUUAUAUACAUAUAUGUAGCUUUCUUAUUCUCAUUUGUAUUUGUCUCACUGCAGAAGGAUGUUGAUAUUGAAUUUUCGGAAGCGAAAAAACAAGCCCGUGGCUCGACAUCUACAAAGAGAUCUCGUGCAGCAGAGGUCCAUAAUCUUUCAGAAAGGAGGCGUCGAGAUAGAAUUAAUGAAAGGAUGAGAGCUUUGCAAGAACUUAUACUUCGGUGCAACAAGUCUGACAAAGCAUCCAUGCUGGAUGAAGCAAUCGAAUACUUGAAGUCACUAAAGUUACAAGUACAGAUGAUGUCCAUGGGAUACAGCAUGCUACCGAUGAUGUUCUCCGGAAUCCAGCAGUAUAUACACUCAAUAGGAAUGGGGAUUGGAAUGGGUAUGGGCGUGGAAAUGGGAAUGAACAGACCAGUAAUGCCAUUUCCCAACAUGUUAGCUGGUUCUGCUUUGCCACCAGCAACUCCUUCAGGUGCUCCUCAUUUGGGACCAAGAUUCCCUUUGCCCCCUUUGCAUAUGCCCCAUGUUGAUGCAUCAAGAAUGCAAGUGCAAAACCUGCCAGAUAAUCAUAAUGUGCCUACCUCAAUUAGUACAUCGGAUCCAGCAGCUCAAUCAUCAGCAAUACCUUGGUCCACACCAGAUAAAUUUACAUUUAAUGCAGGCAAUGAACCAAUCCAACGCCACCAAACCAAGCACUAGGGGACAAGAGAAUCCAGAAAAACAUCAGCCAGAAGAAACAAGAGUUGUUGAUAUUCAGUGCUGCUGCCCACUACAAUAACUGGUACAAGUCACACUCACAUUAUUGUACAAGUCAAAC